CUAAAAACUCAAAUUAAUUAGCUACUUGUAGCUGAAAAACCACUAAAAACCACUAAAACCACUGAAAACCACUAAAAACCACUGAAUUCCGAUCUACCAUUUUGCUUGUUGAGAUCAGAUUUUUACUUUAUUUGCGACGCAGUUUGAAUGUUUAGCUUCAAUCUCGGUCUCUCUUCUGGCUUCCUAAGUACGCAAUGCCCAAUGCGUUUGUUUGUUUAUCUUCUCGCUAGGUCUCUCUCCUCUAAGUACGCAACACGUACCUACAUGGUCGCUCAGUCCAAUCCUCCUCCCAGUUGCUUGGAGAUCGUAGCUUCAGGACAACAUUCGUUCACGGUCAAUCAUGUCUUUAGAACCCAUGGAGGACAGGUUUUCUAUCGUUCUCUCAAGACUAGAAAGAAUCGAAGCUUCUCUGUCAGGACUUGAAGAUGUUAAGAAACUUCUGGGGGAAAUCGAAGAUAACACUCAUCCCGACGGAGACAACAAGUGUGAUUUCCGUCACAACAACACGGAGAAGGUUACUGUGGAGAUUAGAACUAGCAUCAUAUCUGUUGGUGACAUUGAUACAGUUGGCCAGCAGUUUAAAUGUGACCUCUAUCUUUCUGCAACCUGGCAAGAGCCACAACUGCAGGGAAGAAGUCCAACAGAGGAUAUAAAAUGGCAUAAUGAAUGGCACCCUAGGAUUGUGUUUUUCAAUGCCCUGGAAAUUGAAAAGAUGGAGAAGAAUCAUUAUUUAUUUUAUGAGCCAGGAAAUGAAAUACCAUUUGCUAUGGAGACAUACAGAAUAAAAGGCAAUUUUAGAGAAAAUCUGGAGCUGUGGGAUUUCCCACUGGAUUAUCAGGUUUUGUAUAUUAAUCUGUUCACUUCAUGUAUUUGCGUUGUUGCAUUAUUACACCUUUCAAUAAAAUGUGAACUCUGCUCAUUGCUCGGUGAAUGUUUCUGUGUUUCACUGCCAUCAACUCAUUUAGCAGACCUCUCGGCAGAAUUUGAAAAAGACCUGAGAAAGGCAGACACAAUACGACCAGAGACCUUCACUGCUGAUCAAGAGUGGUACUUAUGCAGGCAUGUGGUCACAGAAGCAACAAGUACUGUGAAAACAGAGGGAAGCAGUGCAAAUGACUAUCCACUCUACCACAUUAAGUGUCACGUCAAGAGAAAGAAUGGUUACUACCUCUGGAAUAUUGCUAUGAUUAUUUUUCUUAUUGAUAUCCUGUCAUUUUGUUCAUUUUCUGUGGAAAUCUCCUCACCUUCUGAUCGACUGAGUGUCACCCUUACACUUCUGUUAACAGCAGUUGCUUUCAAGUUCGUUGUUUCACAGAGUUUGCCGACAAUUUCAUACCUGACUUUACUGGACAAGUACGUUUUGUCUGGCCUAGUGUUCUUGUGCUGCAUGGCUAUUGAAAAUGCCGUUGCCGCUUCAAUUCCGGACCCGGACACGCAAAAAAGUUUUGAUCGAAUUUCGCUCUAUUUUGGUAUCGGUUGCUUUCUUGUCAUCCACAUUGUGGCCGUGGCGUUUGUGAUUACAAAGGUGAGAUCCUUUAGCACUGCUUGGCUUCUCAUUUUCCUUGAUGUAUGAUUAGAAAUUCAAGUUUUUAUGCGGACUGCGCGGGGCCCCCAAAAAAAUUCGGACGAUUUUAUUUUCGGACAAAAACAGUGUCUGAAAAGAAAACCGUCCGAAAUUUUAAGCGUCCGAAACAUUUAACGUACAGUAUGAAAUUUUUAAGUAGCUCAAAAGCUCUUAGUUUCAUUUAUGGAGCGAACUCUAGUCGAGAUACUACUUGAGAUAUGUAACAGCUUGGUAGAAUUUGUGUUAUUUUAUCUUUGGUAUAUCUCUAAAACCUUGA